GUGCUGCAGGGUCCCCCUCGACCCUCGGCAGCCCCCUCGCCUGUGGCAGUGGUGAGCAAGGGGCUGUGGAGCGUGGAACGAGCCGGCAAGGGCUGGCGCUUGGAGAGAGCCGUCGGGGUGGAUUGCAGCUUGCCCGAACCUCGCUGCAUCUGGCUGAGCAGCUUGUACUGCCCGGACCUCCUCUGGCCCCCGGGUCCCCCCCGGCCCGGCCAUGCAGCCCCCCGCACCGAUAAAUGUCACCGGCCAGCACCAGGCCGGAGAGAUGAAGCAUCCCCCAACGCCAACGCACCCCCGGGGGGGGUCCUUCCCCUGGGUGGGUCCAAAGACAGUUCUGCUGCAGAAGAGCUCCCAGGGGGGCUUUGGCUUCACCCUCCGCCACUUCAUCGUUUACCCCCCCGAGUCGGCCGUGCACUCCCCUGCCAAGGAGGAGGAGAAUGGGAACCGAGCAGGUCCCCCCCGGAACCGCCUGGAGCCCAUGGACACCAUCUUUGUGAAGAACGUGAGGGAGGAUGGGCCAGCACACCAGGCUGGGCUGAGAACUGGGGACCGUCUGGUCAAGGUGAACGGGGAGAGCAUCAUCGGGAAAACCUACUCACAGGUCAUUGCACUGAUCCAGAACAGUGACGAUGUGCUGGAGCUCUCCAUCAUGCCCAAGGACGAAGACAUCCUCCAGCUGGCCUAUUCCCAGGAUGCCUACCUGAAGGGCAACGAGCCGUACUCCGGGGGGGCACAGAGCAUCCCUGAGCCCCCUCCCCUCUGCUACCCACGGAAGACGUACCCCUUCCAGGCACGGGGUGCUGAGCCCCUCCCGGGACAACCUCCAGACCCCCGCACCCACCGCCCCUCGUCCCCCCUCACCCCCCGGAGCGAGAUGGGGGGCAGCCCCGCGCACCGCCCCGACGAGCCACAGCCCGGGGGUCCCUCCCCGCGCCCCUCUGUGCCCCACGGGACCCCCAGCACCUUCUCCCGCCCCGGCACCGUCUCCUCGGACCGUUACGGGGUCCCACCCGCCGCCCCCUCCUCCUACCCCAAGCACUUCCCGGAGCAUCGGACUCACUGCGGCUUUAAGGAGGGGGGCGGAGGUCUGUCGGGCCGGCCCCCCCGGGAAGCAGCGGGCAGCCCCCGGGUCCCGAGCCGCCAGGAGUGUCAACGGGCCCUGACCCGCUGGUUCCGGAGCCAGGAGCCUCGGCGCAGCGUUUCGGAGGAGCGCCGGCACGCCAUGCCCCCCCGCUACCGCAGCGUCUCCCAGGACCGGCUCGGCGGCUCGAACGUGGCGGCGGCUCAGCGGGGUUGGCCCCACAGCGUCUCGCAUGACACUUUACUGCAAACCCCACGGGAGGGCUGGGCCCCCCGCGCCCGCUCCGAUCACUUCCUGGGCCGGUACGGCCGCUCCAUGGAGGCGCUGGAACCCGAAGCCCUUCUCGGCCCUCGCCUCGAAGGCUCUCCGUGGCCACCCGAGAGGUUCUGCCGGGCCACCACUGUCCCCCAGCCCGUCCCCCAGGGAUCCUUCACGGCUUCCUCCUCCUCCUCCUCAUCGCGGGAGCCGGUGCAGAAGCACCCGUCGCAGCCCAACCUGCAGAGCGUGGACGAUUCGGGUUACAUCGGGUACCGGAGCUACAGCCCCUCCUUCCAGCGCCGCACCGGGCUGCUACACGCCCUCUCCUUCCGUGACCCGGCUUUCGGGGGCCUGCCCACCUUCACCAUCCCGCAGCGGGUGGACAGGGUGGUCCCCACCGUCCUGCCACCCACCGGACCCCCCCCAGUCCCUAAGGAACAGCGUCCAGAGAGCAGCCGGGUGCCAGAGCAGGCGGAGGAGCGGAGGGAAGAGGUGGUGCUGAGGCAGAAACCGCCCACGGGCCGCAAGGUGCCCGUCCCCCUGAGGCAGAUGAACUUUGUCUUCCCCGAGGGGGUGAAGGAGAGGGACAUUUGUGACCCCCCGAUGGCCGCUGGCAAAGGGGAGAGGCCGGUGGGCGAGCGGCAGGGCCGGCACGUGGCCCCCUUGGCAGCCCCUGAGGACUCUCUGGCCUCCAUCCCCUUCAUCGACGAACCCACCAGCCCCAGCAUUGACCUGAAGGCCAAGCACGUCCCUGCCUCCUCGGUGGUCUCCAGUGCCAUGAAUUCAGCACCCGCCGUGGCCACCAGCCCCUCCUCGCCCACCUUCGCCUUUGCCCUGAGCCGACACUACUCCCAAGACUGCAGCAGCAUCAAGGCCGGCCGCCGCUCCUCCUACCUCCUGGCCAUCACCACCGAGCGCUCCAAGUCCUGUGACGAUGGUUUGAACGCGUUUCGGGACGAGGGGAAGAUCCUAAGGAGGAUGCCCAGCCGGGUCCCCAGCCUCCGCAUGCUGAGGAGCUUCUUCACCGAUGGGUCCCUGGACAGUCUUGGCACGUCGGAAGAUGCCCGCUCCAAAAGACACUCAACCUCCGACCUCUCGGACGUCCCGUUCAGCGCCGUGAGGAAGGAGGGCUGGCUCCACUGCAAGCAGAUCCUCACCAAAAAGGGGAAGAAGGUCGGUGGAGGCAUCCGGCAGUGGAAGCGCAUCUUCGCCGUGCUGCGCACCCACUCGCUCUACCUGGGCAAGGACCGGCGGGAGGCGGUGACCUGCGCGCCGGCCCCAGGUGAGGAGGAGCCGAUCAGCAUCCGAGCGUGCCUGGUGGACAUCUCCUACAGCGACACCAAGAGGAAGCACGUCUUCCGCCUGACGACCGCUGACUUCUGUGAAUAUCUCUUUCAGGCAGAGGAUCGGGAAGACAUGCUGGCCUGGAUCAAAGUCAUCAGGGAGAACAGCAAGGCCGAGGGCGAGGACCCCGGUUUUGCCAGCCAAGCACUUAUCAACAAGAAGUUAAAUGACUACAGGAAAGUGAGCCCCGUGGGUGCCAAACCCGACUCCUCAUCACCCAAGGGCUCUCGUGGGCUGGGGAUCCGAGCCGAGUUCCUGAAGCAGACGGGAACCAGCGCGCCCCGGUCCCCCAGGCAGGACGCAGCUGUCACCAAAGAUGAGAGCAGCUCCCAAAAAGCCCCCUGGGGCAUCAACAUCAUGAAGAAGAACAAGAAAUCUGUCCCGAGGGCCUUCGGUGUGAGGCUGGAGGACUGCCAGCCUGCCCCAGACAACAAGAAUGUCCCCCUGAUCGUCGAAGCUUGCUGCAGGGUGGUGGAGGACCGGGGGUUGGAGUACAUGGGCAUCUACCGGGUGCCUGGGAACAACGCCGUGGUGUCCAGCCUGCAGGAGCAGCUCAACAAGGGAGCCACUGAGAUCAACCUGCAGGAUGAGCGGUGGCAGGACCUGAAUGUCAUUAGCAGCCUCUUGAAAUCCUUCUUCCGAAAGCUGCCCGAGCCCCUCUUCACCGAUGACAAGUACAACGACUUCAUCGAGGCCAACCGGAUAGAGGAUGCCAGCGAGAGGAUGAGGACACUUCGGAAGCUGAUCCGGGACCUGCCAGGUCACUACUACGAGACUCUCAAGUUCCUGGUGGGUCACCUGAAGACCAUUGCUGACCACUCGGAGAAGAACAAGAUGGAGCCCCGGAACCUGGCGCUGGUGUUCGGCCCCACGCUGGUGCGCACGUCCGAGGACAACAUGACUGACAUGGUGACACACAUGCCCGACCGCUACAAGAUCGUGGAGACCCUCAUCCAGCACUCAGACUGGUUCUUCAGUGACAAGGAGGACAAGGGUGAGAAGACCCCUGUGGAUGAGAAGGAAGCUCAGGCUGUGCCCAACAUCGAGUACCUGCUCCCCAACAUCGGCAGGACCACAGCACCCAGUGAUGCUGCAGGCUCCACCCGCAGCGGCUCCGCCAAACCCAAGGGCACGUGGCCGUCGCGGAAGGCCCCCCCGCACCGGGAGCUCCUCCCCAUCCCCUUCGUCUCGGCCGCCGCUCGCAAGAGGAAGAAGAAGAGAGAGGCCGAAGGCGUCGGGAGCAGCACCGACGAUGACACGGAGCGCAGGGACACCCCGGGCCAGGAGCAGGAGCACGAGGGCACCGCGACCACCCUGCCGGCACCCGGCAAAGCCCCCGGAGGCACCACAGCCCCCAGCCCGGCCGGGAUGGAGCGGGAGAGCUCCGCGGAGGCCAAAGGUGCCGGGUCCGAUCCGGCGCCUGACGCCCGCUCCAUCGUCUCGGGUUACUCCACCUUGUCCACCAUGGAUCGCAGCCUCUGCUCCGAGGUGCCCUCCGUGGCCGGGAGCCGCGGGGAGGAGGCGGAUGACGAGCGCAGUGAGCUCAGCCACAUGGAGACCGACACCGAGAGCAGGGAGGGCCCGAACCCGGCUGGGGCAGGCGGACGGGGGGACAGGGGACAAGGGACCCCCGGUCGCCCUUCCUUCAACUCCCACCACCUGAUCCAGUGCGACACGUUGGCCCGAAGGAAGCUGGGGAGACCCCGGCCGGGCAGCGAGACCCCCGGGGAUGCCCAGGGCUGGGUCCCCCCCGGGCGCCCCUCCUUACGGGAGCAGCUCCGGCAACGCCUCCGAACCUCCACCGAUGACCUGGGCGUCCGCCUGCGCCGAGCCCACUCCCCCGAGACCCGGCGGAAGAAAAGCAGCUGGAGGAGACACACCGUGGUGGUACCGGGUGGCCUCAAGGACCUCAACUUCAACGAGUGGAAGGAACCGCGGGGGCUGGAGGUGCCCCCGGGACCCUGCCGGGACAAGGACUCGGGGCUCAGCAGCUUGGAGUCAACCAAAGCCCGACCCUCACCCCCCACCGCGGCACAGCCCGGCACUGCCAGCGAGGGGACAGCCACCAAGAGCCCCCCCGGCAGCCCCCCGGCCCCCCUGCGCUUCCCUCAGUGUCUCUGACCCCCCUUCCUUCCAACCCCCCCCCCCCCAACCCAUGGUUAAUUUAAGGACUCAUUUCCCUUCUAUUUAAUUGUGCUCUGGACAAGCUGCUGUUAUUUAACGAGUCUCCGGGGGUGGAACAAAGCCACUUCUUUUGGGGCACCACAGGGCCCCCCCGAGCAGUGCCAGGAGAGUUGUGGGGUGCUCGUGGGGACUGUCCCAUGGCAGGCAGUGGUGGCAGUGGUGGCCCUGCUGUCCCCAGCCGUGGCCGUGCGAAGUGCGGGCGCUUCCCUGGGUGCUGCGGUUGCCCUCAACCUGUGAACUUCCCCACACCAGGGACCUUGGGGACCUUUGGGGACCCUGGGGACCUUUGGGGUCUUUGGGGACCUUCGGGACCUUUGGGGACCCUGGGGACCUUUGGGGUCUUUGGGGACCUUCGG